AUGUCGACCGCCAAGCUGGAGAAGAAGCUGGCCAAGCUGGAGGUGAAGCUCCGGGCAGAGUUCCAAGCGGACUUGAAGAAGGCCUUCCAGGAGUGCAUCGCCCGACUGGAGCGUUCUGAGGCCAAGCUUGCUAGCUACCACGAGGAGGACAGCGCGAGCUUUAACAUCGAUGCCCUUGCCGACAUGAUCAAGCGACAGGAAGAGAACCCGGAGAAGAUCCAGGAGAACCAGGAGGAGGUUCCAGAGGCAGCGCAGGAGGAGAUACCGUCCGAGUCGGAGCUCGAGGAGGAGGUCGAGCAUCAUUCCGAUUUUGAGCCGGUCCCCUUCAUGGAGUCCACCUGGAACGUGGUCCUCGUCAUGGGAUUGACAGAUGCUGGUCGGCUCGAUGAGCUUCUUGGCAUCCUCCUGAUGCUCUGCAGCGCUGUGGUGCAGGUGAUGUUCGGGGUGGUGCUCUUAUCCAGGGAUUUCCAAGGAGCACCCUUUGAGAACAACCUGGAGAGUGCUUCGCGAUGGAGGCGGUCGCUGGCGCACAGUCAUCUUCAUAUGGACUUGGCCGAGACAAGCCUUGUCUCCCGCGUGUGCAACAUAGAUGAGUCUUUGAUUGUCUCUGUGGGCCAGGCCUCCCUCCUCGGCGAGAUCAACUCCUUCCUCGGAAUGGCAAAGCAAGAUCUCGCUCGCCCGGACUUCGCGCCCGGCUUGUGGCUAUCCAUGCUGUGCGUGAUGCUCUGGUGCCUCUUCCUAUGCCAGGAGUUUCGCUCCAUUUGGCUCACUGUCGAGGCAGUCCUCGGCAUCCCCAUUCGCAAGCUCACCGCAUUCAAGGACGGCCGAUUCGAUCACAUCUCACGUGGGCGAUGGCUGCUCUUCAUGCUCACCCGUCUGGUUCGGGCAGUGAUUGCUGGGGUCCUGCUCUACGGGGGUGUGCUCUUCCUGGCGAGCACCACCUCCAUCCGAGACCUGAUGCUGAAUGCCGUCGGCCUGGGGAUCAUCAUGGAGGUGGAUGAGAUGAUUUUCAACAGCCUGAUGCCGGUGAAGAUGCAGAAUGCGAUUCAGAAGCUGGAGUCCAUCCCGGUGCGCUUCUCGCGCCGGCGCAGCCAGGUGGAAGCCAUUGCGCUCUUGCUCCUUAUGGUGGGGCUGCUUGUGUGGCCAUACUUCACCUACAUCGAGCCGCUGACAUCCUUGAUGCUUCAGGUGAAGCAAGUCUACUGUGGCGGCGAUCAGAACUUCGUUGUCGGGCUCAACACUGGGCAGGGCGUGAUCUUUGCGCGCAGCACGCUCCCUUUCAACUCACAGGUGGAAAGCAAUGUCUCUCGCACCGAGAGGGAAGUCAUGGAAUACGCCUUCAGAGGCUCAUCAGCUUUCCUCCAGUUCGAAGACAACAGCAACUUCGAAAUGCGCCGCUCGGAGAGCUUGGCAGACACGACGAGCAGAGUUCUCGCAUGCGAGGACUUCGACAUGUGGUUUGUGGAGGGCCAGGGACUGGAUGACAUUCGGUACCUGGAUUUCUACCGAGUCUACUGGAACACUGUCCUCGACGAUCUAGGCUUUCAGCCGGGCGCAACGUGUCCCCAGAUGGAAGCCUUCUGCCACGACAGCAAGCUGCUUCGUCUGGUCUGCAGCAAAACGUGCGGCUGUGGCGAUGUGGGAGUGACAGCAUGGUUCAUGGUGGAGGAGCAGGGGUGCCCCCGCGUGUGCAAGCGGGACGGAUUCAAGCUGUUGUCGCAGAAGCCGUGUGCUGACAUGGGCAAGAAUGAGGAUAAAUGGCACGACCUCUGGACUGCCUACCCCGCGUCCAUUGCGCGCUUUGCGGGCUUUGCGAACGACACGCUGAAGCUGGAGGACUUGAUUGAGAGAGGCGACCAGAUGAUCGAAGCAGGUUGUGGAGCUUUGGCACGGAAUGGCGAGCAGCGAGAGGAGCUGGUGACGGGCACGGAUCUCUGCGAUGGCUUUCACCGGUUUUAUGCGCCCUUGAAGGAGCUGUGUCCCGUGGCUUGCGGCUGCCUUGGGCAAUCUGGCAACGGCUGUCCAGGUUCCUGCGCAUGCUACGACGACAACCAGGCUUUGCUGGCAGACUUGCCGUAUGCGCCACUCUUCGACGGCGUUUCCAGCUGCAGCGAUGCAGCGUUGAAGGGCCUUUGCAGCGAGGCUGUCAUUCGCAAGCAUUGCCUCGUAAGCUGCGGUGUCUGCACACCUCCUCAAGCAGAUGACGAAGCAGCAGAUGAUGAGGCCGAGGGCGAUGACAGCCACGAAGCGGGAGACGAUGGCCCUUCGGAGGUGGGAGAUGGCCAUGAUUCUGGGGACAUGGGGGACGACGAUGGCCAUGAUUCUGGGGACAUGGGGGACGACGAUGGCCAUGAUGCUGGGGACGCGGGGGACGACGAUGGCCAUGAAGCAGGGGACUAUGGCUACGCAGCGGCAGAGGGCGAUGAGGCUGCUGAAGCCGGCGAUGGCCCCGACGGAGGCGAUGUAAACCUCGAAGAGGAUGAUGGAGCAGCUUGA